AUGGCGUGUAGCUGGUGGAAGAGACAAAAGAGUAGUCAGACAGGCCGGGGUCAACAACAACAGGACAAAACAGUACAGGACAGCAGACGAGAAUCACAGGUCACGAGCCGGGUUCAGCAACAGAGGGUCAGAUCAAAGGAGAAUACAAAGAAUAGUCAAGUCACAAGCCGAAUCAGAUACAAGGAGAGUCACGAGAGUCAGAACAGAGUAAUAGCAAUACAAAGACACAAGUGCAAAGAGCAUGUGCGGGCCACAGGCUUAUAUGUCAUCAGCCACGCCCCUCUGGGGGGUGGACCUCAGAGACCU